AGCCAGAUGAUUAGUUCUCUGGGAAGGAUGGACUGUAACAUUGAAUCAAUUACAGGUCGCUGUAGCUGAGGAGCAUUUGUUCGAGCGGCCGCGGACCCAGACGGAGGGGCGCACAUAUGCUUGCUCUCAACUCGGCUAGAGGAUUACCACUGCAACAAAAAGCCAGGACCCUUAACUGCGCCAAUUGGAGUACUUUUGUAUGGGCUAUUGAAUGCAAUUAGGAGUUUUUUUUUAAUCAAAGGGCACAAUCAGAAGGAGUUUGAAAAGCCAGCAACAACGACGUGACCAUGGGGGGUUUCAAGACCCAUCUAACUCUUUUGGCUGUAUUAAUCAGUAUACUACCAGCCCGGAGUGAUCCCCCGACCAUAGUUUCGAACCAAGAUGAGUUUGUUGUCGGUGUGCACUCAAGGUUCAACAUCAGUUGUACGGGGAAAAGGGAGGUUGUAUGGGCCGAACCUUUACCCGACAACGUUUACGCUUUUCCCGGCUACUACACUGCAACGCUGCUAAUUGGUGACGCGGAAGCCUCCCAUACCGGAUACUACUCAUGUGUUUAUGCAUCAAAAAACGGCGAACCGGUAGUGCACGAGGACACAGAGGAUGAAGACAUGUCGGAAAUAUACAUAUUUGUGCCAGAUCCCGAUGUUCCCUUCGUACCCGAGGAGAAUACUGAAGUGGAGACCGACCCAUUGGGCAACAUCAUUCCUUGUCGCGUCACUGAUCCCCGAUCUCAUGUCAUGCUUAAAACCUUGCCAAGUGACAUUGAACUGCAGGGAUUGUAUGACCACAGGAAUGGCUUCCUUGGUAACUUUUCAGCCGGAAAUUUCGUGUGUGAGACCUUUGUCAACGGCGAGACAAGGAGAAGCGACGUCUACACUGUCAUUGAAAAGAAACAGCCGGUGGUGAAGCAAGACUUCCAGGUGACGCUGAAAGCCAGCGACGAGGCAGUGAUGGCCAGGGAAGCCUUUAACCUCACCUGCAUCGCCCCGCUGGGGCCCGAGUACCAGCAGCAGUGGCUCCAUCCCCUAAAACAGGCCGUGGAUGCUAUUCAGAUGAAACAGACUCUUCCGGAUAAGGUGCUUUACGUCCUCAGCAUCCCCUCGGCCUCGGCCCACGACGGCGGCUCGUACGAGUGUGCCGUCACCAACACCAUCCUCAGACAGACCAGGAGCAGCCAGGUGGCUGUCACCGUCCAUGAGGAAAAGUCUUUUGUGUCUCUGGAUCACCGUGGCAUCGGUGGAGUGGAGGACAUCACUCUUCUGGAGGACACUGAGUUCACCAUCUACAUCGAUGCCCACCCAGAGCCCAAGAUGAUGUGGAAGAAAGAUGGCAGGCCUCUGGAUAAGAGCACUUUCCUCUACGCCAUGAACAGCCAUGUUCUGGGAAACCGGUAUCAGAGCAUUUUAAAUCUGAAACACCCUACGGAGGAGGACGGUGGGAAGUACACCUUCAUCGCCACCAGUGGCCAACAGCUCGCCCACUUCUCUUUUGAACUCAGAGUCAAAGAGCCCAGUGCUGUGCUGUUCCAGUCGGCCCAGGCUCCUCUCCUGUUGCCCCAGAGUGACCAGCUGGUGGUGACCCUCGGCUCCUCCUUCAGACUCACCUGCAGGGGCGUGGCCGAGCUGGUCUGGAGCGCCCCCUCCGACCUUUCAGAGCAGACCCUGGAUGACAAGGGCGGGCUGUUCGUCAGCACGGUAACCGUGGAGAACUCCACGGUCCUAAACACUGGGGAGUACCUCUGUGGCUACAAGGGAUCCAAUUACACAGACGAGGACGACGGAAGCAUCAUCUACAUCUAUGUGCCAGAUCCAGACGUGCCUUUUGUUCCCUCCAUGGACCCGUCGUACAUCCACGUGAUGACGGACCACGACGAGAUGGAGAUCCCGUGCCGCGCGUCGGACCCCACCUCCAACGUCUCCCUGGUCAACGUGGAGACGCAGCAGGUGGUGGACGCCGAGUACGACAGCAAGAGAGGCUUCAUAGGCAUGUUCAACGCGGGCACCUACAUCUGCAAAGCGCUCGUCGGUGGACAAGAGCACCUCAGCGAGGAGUACAUUGUCCACGGAUGGGCAGGUGGCUCUGACCUGCACGUGGAGCUGCUGGCCAAGAGGACCGCUCUACUGGUGGGAGACACACUCACAGUCAACUGUGUGGCCAAGGGCAGCGAGAUGCUGGAGGACCACUGGAAAUACCCUGGCAAAAUGUUUGGCCGCGGUGAGAAGACGGUGAGAGAGAACCGGAGAGAGAUGACCAUCAACUACACCCUGCGGAUGUCCGACGUCUCGCUGAAGGACAGCGGUAUCUACGCCUGCUCCAUCACCGACAUCAUGAGCAACGAGAGCCAGACCAAGGAGCUGACCGUCACGGUCUAUGAGAGCCCCUUUGUCUCGCUAGUCCCAGCCUUCGCUCACACUGAGCUGGCUGAACUGGAUGAGGUUCGGGAGUUCAAGGCUGACAUCGAAGCUUUCCCCGGCGUCAAAGUUGUCUGGCAAAAAGAUGGGGUUGCCAUCGGCGAUAACGGCGCAGAGAUGACCACUAGUUUCCAUGAGAUCAGUGAGACAAAAUUCCAGACGGUUCUGACCCUGAUCCGCGCGAAGGCCGAGGACAGUGGGAACUACACCGUCAGGGCCCACACCAGCAACCAGAGCAGCAGCUUCAGCUUCUCCCUGCAGGUCAAAGUCCCUGCGGUGAUUGUGGAGAUGAUGGACCUCCACCAUGGCUCUGUCACGGGUCAGGCCGUGGUGUGCAUCGCUGAGGGGGAGCCUCUGCCAGAGGUGGAGUGGUACAUCUGUAAGAACAUCAAACACUGUGCCAAUGACUCCACCCAGUGGAGCCUGCUACCUGCCAACUCCACUGAGAUCACCGUGGACACGCACAUCAACGAGGACGUGCAGCUGGAGAGUCAGGUGAUCUUCGGUCAUCUGGAGAACACGCUGGCAGUCCGCUGCCUGGCCAGGAACGACAUGGCCGCAGUCACCAGAGAGGUCAAGCUGGUGUCCAGCGGUCCUCACUCGGAGCUGACCGUGGCAGCUGCUGUGCUGGUGCUGCUGGUCAUUGUCAUCAUCUCACUCAUUGUGCUGGUCAUUAUUUGGAAACAGAAGCCACGCUAUGAGAUCCGGUGGCGGGUGAUCGAGUCGGUCAGUCCAGACGGACACGAGUACAUCUACGUGGACCCCAUGCAGCUUCCCUACGACUCCCGCUGGGAGUUCCCUCGCGACGGCUUGGUUCUGGGUCGUAUUCUGGGCUCUGGGGCCUUCGGGAAGGUGGUGGAGGGCACCGCCUACGGGCUCAGCCGCUCCCAGCCUGUCAUGAAGGUGGCUGUGAAGAUGCUCAAACCCACGGCGCGCUCCAGCGAGAAGCAGGCGCUCAUGUCUGAGCUGAAGAUCAUGACACACCUGGGCCCUCACCUCAAUAUCGUCAACCUGCUCGCAGCCUGCACCAAAUCAGGGCCCAUCUACAUCAUUACUGAGUACUGCAUCUACGGUGACCUGGUCAACUACCUGCACAAGAACCGCGACACCUUCAUGAGCCGCCACCCAGAGAAGAGCAAGAAGGAUCUGGACAUCUUUGGCAUCAACCCCACCGACGAGAGCAGCAGAAGUUAUGUGAUCUUGUCCUUUGAGGGCAAAGGGGACUACAUGGACAUGAAGCAGGCCGACACCACGCAGUAUGUGCCCAUGCUGGAGAUGAACCAAGCCUCCAAGUACUCGGACCUCCAGGGCUCCGACUACGACCACCCACACUCCCACAAGCAACACGACGGCGAGGGAGAGAGCCUGCUCUCGGAUGACACUAGUGAGGGCCUCAGCACCAUGGACCUUCUCAGCUUCACGUACCAGGUGGCCCGAGGCAUGGAGUUCCUGUCCUCCAAGAACUGUGUGCAUCGGGACCUGGCCGCCAGGAAUGUGCUGCUUUCUCAAGGGAAGAUCGUCAAGAUCUGCGACUUCGGCCUCGCCAGGGACAUCAUGCACGACAACAACUAUGUCUCAAAAGGAAGCACGUUCCUGCCUGUUAAGUGGAUGGCCCCUGAGAGCAUCUUUGACAACAUGUACACAACCCUUAGUGACGUCUGGUCCUACGGCAUCCUACUGUGGGAAAUCUUCUCCCUCGGAGGAACCCCUUACCCAGGCAUGGUGGUCGACUCAAGCUUCUACAACAAGAUCAAGAGCGGCUACAGAAUGGCCAAGCCUGAACAUGCGACCGAUGACGUGUAUGAGAUGAUGUCAAAGUGUUGGAACAGUGAGCCGGAGAAGAGGCCUACCUUCCUCAGCCUGAGCGAGACUGUGGCCUCUCUACUGCCUGGAGGGUACAAGAGGAGCUUUGAGCGGAUGAACAACGACUUCCUCAAGAGUGACCACCCGGCCGUGACCCGCGUGCAGCGCAUGGGCGACGACGACGACGAAGAGGCGUACAUCGGCGUCACCUACAAGAACCAGGGCAAGCUGAAGGACCGCGAGAGCGGCUUCGACGAGCAGCGCCUCAGCUCGGACAGCGGUUACAUCAUCCCCCUCCCCGACCUGGACCCCAUGUCCGACGAAGAGUACAGCAAAAGGAACCGCCACAGCUCUCAGACAUCAGACGAGAGCGCCAUCGAGACCGGCUCCAGCAUCUCCACCUUGGCCAAGCGGAUGGAGGGGGAGACGCUGGAGGACAUCACUCUGCUGGACGAGAUGUGCCUUGACUCCAGCGACAUGGUGGAGGACAGCUUCCUGUGAUCCCAGCACAGUCCUCCAGAGUGAACACUGUUGUAUGGUGUCCCACUAUGCGGGAGGCGGGGGUUGGGGGGGGGGGGGGUAGAGGCUACUAGCUACUACCAGCCCAUCCACUCCACAGAGACUCUAAAGACUUCGUCCCCAAAGAUGCUGCCCCCUCCUUCCUCUUCAUCACACUCUGUUCCCUCCUGUUUCCACUCCGAAUCAAAAAACAAAACCACUUCACUUCUUCUGUGGUGGAGAGCCAUCGUGAGACUGUGUGCGUGUGGAUUCCUUUUACUCAGACAUUGCCCCCUGAUGGGGUGGAGGACUCAUUGAGAAACUGUGUGAAGUUCUCAGCAGAAAGUGUAACAACGCCGUCUCUCUCUUUCUCCUGAAUAACCAGUGCACCACCUUGCACUCGAGAUAAUACGACAACCUAUGGACAUAUGUGUGUGUAUGUAUCUGUAUGUUUUUAAUGUACAGAAUUUUAGUGGGCAUUCCUGACACAGCAAAAUAAGCAAGACCUGAACAAAACCACCAAAACCAACCAAAUGAACAUCAGGACCUCUCUCUUAAGUAGUCCAUCAAGACUGUCAAAAACCACUACAGACUCUUGUUUAAAAGAGAAAAAAAACAACUAAUGGUCUCACCAGAUCCAUCCUCAUCUGGGUUUUUGUGGUACUCAGUAUGGACUGCAUUUAAACACUCCGUCAGCCACACACAAGACGAUUGUCCUCUGUUCCGGUUGACUUCCAUUAAGGACCAAUAACUUACUUUGAAUUGAAAAGCACAAUCGCUGAACUAUGAAUCUAUGUUUUUAUAAGCAAUCGUAGUUGUCAACAACUGAAUACGUGCAGCCGUUUGAAUUUAUUUUUUUACUUUCUAGCACAUAUAAAUAUGUAUUAUUUGUGAAUAUUAGAUUAGUGCGUGUGUGUGUGUGUGUGUGUGUGUGUGUGUGUGUGUGUGUGUGUGUGUGUGUGUGUGUGUGUGUGUAAAGAGGAGCUGUUUUGUAAAUGAAAAAUAUGACUAAGGCUUAUAAGUUGCAUGCAGCUUUGUGACUUAGACCUUUGUAAAGUUUACCGUUACACAGUUUUACAGUCCAAUAGGAACCUAUGCAGCACAGGACACGGCAUGUUUAUUUUCACAUCCAGCCAAAGCUAGAGCAGAAUUGAUCUAGCAACCUAUCAAAACAUCUCAUCUUUUGUCUCCAGCAUCUUUAGAUCUUUAGUUUUGACAUCAUACUACUAAACUAUUUCAUUAGUUUUUCAGUCUAUAUUUUCUUAUUUUAGAGGAAGUCAUCAUUAUACUGACAAUUGUCCUGCUAUUUUCUACAACCAAAACCAAUAUUAGCUUUAUGUUAACCUGUGAUAUACAGAAACUCCAUUUUGAGAAAUGGCUGCCAUUGGCCAGUGUUGUAAACCAAACGAGUCAAGGUACAUACCAACCUAUUAUUGUGAAUAAGCUGAAAUAUGUUUUGAUGCUGUGUGUAAAAAUUGAGAGCUUCCAUCCUUCACCAUUAAUCUGAGGAGUGAUAAUAAUAUGCUUUAGAGUUAUAUAGUUGAGAGUUAUAUUGAGUGUUGCUUGUUUUGGAGCCGUGGUUUUGCUGGAGAUUGGAUGUGCUGGAAUUAAGAACUGACUGAGGGAGCCCCAGGAGGGCGUGCCUUGGCUCCUGUCACAUACACAAAGAUGGUUGAUACUGAUUCAAUGUUAAAGCAUCACUUUUUGAUUGGCUUUGCAAGCAUUGUGGGAGAAAACAUUCACGGCGACCACCUCUCUGAGAAAGUGUGAGGUCAGUGGAGGAAGUGAUGUCAAUAAGACAACAAGGUGUUUAGCAGCAGGACUUUAGACGCUCUGUGACGCGUGACUGGACCUUCUCCAACAUGUCCGUACAAGAACACUUAGGCAGGGGACGUACGUACGUACGUGAGACCACCUCAUGUCUCCACAGGCCAAUUGUUUUCAUGUUUGGGUCUCUACUUGGCAGCCAUGGUGUAGCAGAUGUUGAGUCAAAGUCGUUUGUGUUGUUGUUAUGGCGACACUGUUUGGCUCGUCUUCUCGCUUUCUCAUGUCAAGACCUUAAUUUUAGUUUCGACAAAAAGCCUAUGUGUAAGCCCAAGAAAUUCACUUCCCACAAGUGUCCAUAGUCUCCCUCAGCGAGUAAUCGCAUCUUUGUUAUUUCAUACAGUAUAUAUUAGUGCUCAUGGUGUUAGCGUUGAUUUAGCAUUGUUCAUGUCACCACUAUGGUGAAAGUACUUGCGUUUAAAACAUUGUGCGUUCCCAGGCUUCACCAGACUCACAAGACCCGCCCCACUAACAUUCAGUGCUGAUCUCCUUUUUUUUAUCAAGUGUGAUGUUAAUGGAAUGAAAUAGUUUAUGUGUAUUUUGCUUUUGUGAAUAUUCCCAUUUGAGAUUCCCAGCUAUGUCACUGCCCGACCGUCUCUGUCCCCACUGGUGACUGUGAUAUACCUCACAGGCGUAUUACACACUGUUGCACUUUCCCCCCUCUGGUUGCCACCCUAUGGGCUUGCUGUGUUGGAACUGAGGAUUUGCUGUUUUGUGAUUAGGAUCACGAAGCGUGAGCAUUUUUGUGUCUGUUUCUAUGGCGACAGUGGCAUGAAUGUCGAUGUUAGCGAGAAAGGGUGAGAUGAUGAAAAGGUAUGAAGUAUAUUCCAUGGUACAGUAUCUGUAAUAAUAGAUAGUUACUCCCAAUACCAGAAGUUAUCCUCCUGAUUUGUAAUAUGCGUUAUGAUUAUGUACAUUCAGAUGAUCUAUAUUUCAAUAAAUGAUUUAAAUAA